GACCUUGAGUCUCCUCUCUCUCUCUCUCUCUCUUUCCGUCUGUCCUUCACUCGCUCCCGCCUCUCUUCCCUCGCAGCCCGAUGAUUUCUGGACUAUUCGGUAUGCAGGAAGACGUUGGGGAAGCAGAGGAAACAAGGAAGGAGAAGGAUAACUUUUCUCAGGAAAGUGGAGAAGCUAAAUGGAAAGCUGAAAAAGCCAAAUUAAGAGGAGAUGCUGCGCUUAAAAGAGCACGCUAUGCUGCAGCUUUAUCCGCCUAUACACAAGCAAGGGGCUUUGACCCAAAUGACCCAACUUUGCUUUCCAAAAGAAGUCUCUGCUUUAUUCAGUUGGGGGAAGCAAAACAUGCUCUAAUUGAUGCAAGGGACUGUAUAGCACUUAGACCAGAUUGGUCAAAAGCUUGGUAUAGGGAGGGUGCAGCUCUGCAUUUACUGCAGAGGUUUGAGGAAGCUGCCAUUUCUUUCUACGAGGGUGUGAAGCUUGAGCCUGAAAAUGAGGAGCUUGUACACGCUUUCAGGGAAGCAUUUGAAGCUGCAAGGAAGUUCCGCCAGUAAGGAUCAGAUCAGUUAGAUUUUGAACGUAAUAAGG